UGUUGACUUCCGGAAAUCAACUUCCGGCACAUGUGAAGUACGUUUAUGAAGCAAAACCGGUUAACUAUGACUAUUCUCAAGCUUUGUUCAACAUAAUUCAUCAGCAUACGCGAAAUCAAUCGUUUAUCUCCUUCAAUUUUGAUCAAGCAGACUGACACAAACUAACAUCAUGAGUGCUCCCAGUGGGAAGAAAAGUCUGUCCCUGACAGUGGAACAGAUACAGGGUGACACUAUAAUGCAGGUUGCCAGUCAGUACUGGAUUGAACAGGCUUUGAAGGAAGGAUCAACAUUUAAACCCCAGAUUGUUGAAGAUCUGUACAAAAAUGAAGUUGUUGCCUCCAAGUUUUCCACAAGACGGAUAAUGAUGUUAGAAUUCAGUCGUUACUUGGAGAAUUACCUUUGGCCGAAUUAUGAUCCAAAAAAGACAAGCACUGCCCACAUGAUGUCAAUAGCAAUCAUCGUGAAUGAGAAGAUACGAGAGAGAGUGCCGGCAUGGGAGGUGUUCAAGAAGAAGCCAGAUCACUUCCCUGAGUACUUCCAGCAGGUGCUUGAGGCAUCACUACAGGAGCGAGACAUCACACUGAAGGAGAAGUCACUUCUCCUUGUCUUCCUCAUCCACUGCUUCAACAGUCUGGAGGUUGACCUGAUCCGUGAGCAGAUCCAGAGACUGGUGUCCCUCCCCAUAUGGAUCAACCUACUGCCGGGCAGACUAGAAGAAAUUUUCCAAGAUCAUCCUAAAUACAAGAAGUUCUUCAACUCCAUAAAAAAGAAUGAUCAGAAGCUGACUGACGAUAAAAGAAAAAAGGUCCAGUUUGAGAGAGAAUUCCUGUCAAAACUCAUCAACACAUACUUUACCAUCCUGGACUCUAUACAACCCUCAGGUCCAGUGGAUGACACAAAAGUGAGGUACUGUGAGAGAUUCAUGGAGUUGAUGAUCGACAUUGAGGCUCAGCUCCCAACUCGCCGUUUCUUCAAUCUCCUCAUGGACAGCGCUCACGUCAUCGUCCGCAGCAAACUCUCCAAACUCCGGAAGAGAGAUGAGGGAAAGCUAUAUGGACAGCUCCUUGACAUGCUGGCAGUGUAUGGCGGGUUCGAGAUCGAUGAGCAGACCGGCGAGGCCCUGACAGUACAUGACCGGAUCGACCUUCAUUACAACCGAGUCACCAAACUCCAGAAAGUAGUGUUCCAGCAUUUCCCCGACCUGCAGAGUUUCGCCAUCUCUAAUGUGGCCAGUGUGGACACCAGACAGAACCUCUUCAAACACUUCCAGCCUCUCAGUAACAUGGACCUGCACAAGAUCCUGGCCCUACUGAAUUACCUUCCCUACCCAGAGGAGGGCCAGAAGGAUGUGUACAACACGGAAUUCAUGGUGCAUCUCAUGGUGUCAAAGCAUGAACGUCACCCAUCUCAGCUGGAGGAGAUCAAUGACAUGCCACUGUACCCCACGGAAGACAUCAUCUGGGACGAGAACAUCGUACCCACAGAGUUUUUCUCAGGAGAAGGCUGCCUGGCAUUGCCCAAGCUGAACCUCCAGUUCCUGACUCUCCAUGACUACCUCCUCAAGAACUUCAACCUCUUCAGACUCGAGUCCACAUAUGAAAUCAGACAAGACAUUGAAGAUGCAGUGUCACACAUGAAACCAUGGAGAGCAGAAGAUGGGCAUUGUUUGUUUGGGGGCUGGGCAAGAAUGGCACAGCCUAUUGUUGCUUUCAACGUGGUGGAGGUUGCCAAGCCCCUGAUUGGAGAGAACCACCCAGCCCAGGUGCGAGCAGACAUCUCCCUCAACCUGAGUGUCAGGCCCGAAGUCAAGUGGGAGUGGGAAGGUUUAAGGAAGCAUGACGUCGCCUUCCUGGUGACCCUGCGUCCAUCCGUGACCAUCGGGUACCAGUACAAACACAAGGAGCCCUUCAUCCCACAAGUGGGCCUGGCCUACGUCCGGGGCUGUGAGAUAGAGGGCAUGCUAGAUGAUGCAGGGAAAGUCAUUGAAGAGGGUCCGGAGCCCAAGCCAGAGUUAAAGGGCGACACAAGGACGUUCCGGGUGUGGCUGGAUCCCAACCAGUACCAGCAGGACAUGACCAACACUGUGAAUGGAGGAGAGGAUGUGUAUGAAACAUUCAACGUGAUGAUGAGACGUAAACCCAAGGAGAACAACUUCAAGGCUGUAUUGGAGACGAUCCGAGACCUGAUGAACACCGACUGUGUGGUGCCGGACUGGCUGCACGACCUCAUCCUGGGAUACGGGGAGCCGGACGCAGCUCACUAUGACAAAAUGCCCAACAAGAUCCCAAGUCUAGACUGGAACGACACAUUUCUUGACCUUGACCAUCUCAAGGCCAGCUUCCCAGAACACCAUGUCACCGUGGCAACAGAUGACAAAGAGAAGCAGAUCCCACCUUUCAGGAUAAACUUCAAAGAAGAGAAGUCUGAGAGCAAGAGGAAGGAGGGUGUUGACCGUCCGUCAGGUCCUGUCAGUUUGAGUGCGGAAGUUCAGCCUCAUGUCACACCAAACAGAGGACCCUACCCCUACAACCAGCCCCGAAGAAACUCCAUCCACUUCACCCCGACUCAGAUAGAGGCUAUCCGGGCGGGGAUGCAGCCAGGGCUGACGAUGGUGGUUGGACCCCCGGGAACAGGGAAGACUGACGUGGCGGUACAGAUCAUCUCCAACAUCUACCACAACUUCCCCGACCAGAGGACGCUCAUAGUCACUCACUCUAACCAGGCCUUGAACCAGCUGUUUGAGAAGAUCAUGGCGCUUGAUAUUGACGAGAGACAUUUGCUACGUCUAGGUCACGGUGAAGAGGCUCUUGAAACUGAGAAAGACUUCAGCAGAUAUGGUCGUGUGAACUACGUUCUGGCUCAGCGACUUGAGCUGCUGGAGGAAGUGGCCAGGCUGCAGGGCAGUCUGGGAGUGACCGGUGACAUGUCGUACACGUGUGAGACCGCCGGCUACUUCUACCUGUAUCAGGUAUUAGCAAGAUGGGAAGAAUUCCUGAGUAAGCUAAGGGCCACCAAGGAUAAAGAGCAGAAUGUGAAAGUGAUCAACGAGAUAUUCCCCUUCAGCAAAUUCUUCGACAAUGCUCCUCAACCUCUUUUCAAGCGGCGUAGCUACGCAGAGGAUCUGGACAUCGCGGAGGGCUGUUUCAGACACAUCAAGAAGAUAUUCACCCAACUGGAGGAGUUCCGAGCGUUUGAGUUGUUGCGGAGUGGCGCUGACCGGGCCAACUACCUGCUGAUCAAGGAGGCCAAGAUUAUAGCCAUGACCUGUACCCAUGCUGCCCUGAAGAGGAGGGACCUCGUCAGUGUGGGCUUCAAGUUUGACAACAUUCUGAUGGAGGAGGCAGCUCAGAUUCUGGAGAUCGAGACUUUCAUCCCUCUCUUGCUGCAGAACCCCGAGGAUGGCAACAACCGGUUGAAGCGAUGGAUCAUGAUCGGUGACCACCACCAGCUACCCCCAGUCAUCAAGAACAUGGCCUUCCAGAAGUUCUCUAACAUGGAGCAGUCUCUCUUCACCCGGCUGGUCCGACUUGGAGUGCCGACUGUGGACCUUGACGCACAGGGGAGAGCCAGAGCAAGUUUGGCCAGUCUGUACAACUGGCGCUACAAGAAGCUGGGGAGUCUCCCCCACGUCCUCAACCGCCCUGAGUUCCAGAUGGCCAAUCCAGGCUUUGUGUUCGACUAUCAGCUGGUGGACGUGGGCGACUUUAAUGGUAUCGGGGAGUCAGAACCAAAUCCAUACUUCUACCAGAACCUGGCGGAGGCGGAGUACGUGGUGGCUCUCUUCAUGUACAUGCGGCUGAUUGGUUACCCGGCUGAGAAGAUCUCCAUCCUCACGACAUACAACGGACAGAAACAUCUGAUCCGUGACGUCAUACACCAGCGCUGUGGAGACAACCCCUUCAUCGGCAGACCUCACAAGGUGACCACAGUGGACAGGUAUCAGGGUCAGCAGAACGACUACAUCCUGUUGUCCCUCGUCAGGACCAAGACCGUUGGACAUCUCAGAGAUGUGCGCCGUCUGGUUGUGGCCAUGUCCCGGGCUCGACUGGGACUGUACAUCUUCGCUAGAGUCGGCCUCUUCAGCAACUGCUACGAGCUGACACCUACAUUCAACAGGUUGACAUCCCGCCCUCUGAAGAUCCACAUCGUGCCCCAGGAGGGGUUUCCGCCCGAGAGACAGGUACAAGAGCGUCCAGAGAGCACCCCGCUAGUCAUCGAUGACAUGUCUCAGAUGGCCCAGUUUGUGUUUGACUUCUACAACUCCAAGGUCAACAUGCUGAUGAGACAGAGAGGCUUCACCAAGCCAACGCGACUACGACAGCCACCUCAGAAUAGAAAAGCUCCAGCAGAAUAAACUAGAAGGGGUUUAUCAUCAGGAAUGACAGGGGCAUGCUGCCUUGAUAGGUUGUACUGAAGCUGGGGGCUGGAUGAGCUGUAGGUACCAUGGCCCGGUCUGCUGCUGCCUCCACUGCUGUUGCUGUUGCUGUUGUUGUUGCUGUUGCUGGACUGAAGAUGUCAGAACCUGCACCAUCGUGACCCAGUCUGCUGCUCAACAGAUAUAAACACUGUCAGAAUGUUGGAGGAACCUUAGAGGAUUGUGAGGAAUCCUUUCAGUGACAAGUGCAUUAGUGGUGGGUGGUAGUUCCUGGUGUACAGGAGUGGUUGUGGCAUUGCAAGAGGGAUAGGACUUCUGUCCUUGUGUGGGGGGCUGAGUGGGUGGGGAAGAGAUCCACAGGAGGGGUAGGACAGUGUUUCUGUCCUUGUGUGGGGGGGGCUGAGUGGGUGGGGAAGAGAUACACAGGAGGGGUAGGACAGUGUUUCUGUCCUUGUGUGGGGGACUGAGUGGGUGGGGAAGAGAUACACAGGAGGGGUAGGACAGUGUUUGGUUUAAUGCUGCUUUCAACAGUAUGACAACGUCACACAACUUAUGAACACUAUGAACAGAAAUCUUUGAGAAUAUUACUUGUAAAUAGUAUUGCAAUAUUAGGGCCACCAAUGAUCCACCAGUUCAUUAAGUCUCUAGCCAGGUGGAAUGUCGCCAAUGAUGCAUGACAAGCACCUGCUGUACCUGUCCCACUCCGUCUAUUGUGUACAGUAGCACGCAACCUUACAGCCAUACCUUACCUCCAAGGGUUCAACACAGGGCCAUCAGGUGUAAAUUAUCACCAGAUUACCUGUGUAAAACAAAGCCCCUUCCACUCCACCCAUAAAACAUGGCAAUGAAACACUGUGUGGUCGUGCUGGCGACCGAAUCAAAGUACAUAACUGGCAAUAAUGUCUUUGAUGAGAGAACAGAAAUCCACAACGGCGAUAAAAGAAUUAGGAUAUGUUUGACCAGGACACUAAAUGGCUACAAUAUUUACACCUGACGCUUGAUGUAAGAGUGUUUCAGGUGUCUGUGGCUUAAGACUCCUUCGUAGACAGACAUUAGCCAUGAAUUAUGAGAGCUUUUGCGGAAGAUAUUUACUUUAUGUAAUAUAUCAGUGUAACAGUGUUUCUUUGUGUGAAAUUCAGCAGGGUCAGGUUUCUAGGUGUUUGAGUGAGUGUAUAAGUGAAUAGGGAAACGUUUUUAAAACUUUAUGAAACUUUGUGUGCGUAAUAAGAGUUUAACAAGUUUGCUUGACUGCUCAGUCUGUUCUACUAUCAUUUAAAAUUGCACCACAUUUUCAAAGUGUUUUCAUUGAGAAAAAAGCCAGUACAGUAAAGUAUGGUUAUAACGAACUCAGGGGUGGUCGGGUAGCCUACUGGUUAAAGCGUUCGCUCGUCACGCCGAAGACCCGGGUUCGAUUCCCGACAUGGGUACAAUGUGUGAAGCCCAUUUCUGGUGUCCCCUGCCGUGUUAUUGCUGGAAUAUUGCUAAAAGCGGCGUAAAACCAUAUUCACUCACUCACUCACUCACUCACUAUAACGAACUCGAAGGGACCACUAAUCAUAGUUUGUUAUGACCGUUCGUUGUAAGUAUUUCGACUGCAGACAUCCCAUAAAUGACAUCAAAUACAUAACACAAGUAAAAACAUGUUAUAAAUAUGUUAUUGAUAGUUUCACUGACAUACAGACACAGGAGUCUAUUGUUAAUUGGGGGUGCAAAUGGAGGACAAGGUGUCAGUACUUAAUCCAGUUAAUCACGAGCCUUCACUUGUUUAUUGCCGCUGUGAACAGCCAUGCGUGGUGACAGGUGAGCAGCCCAGAGAUUAACAGUUCAUUAUAAACAAACAUAGUCGCUCACAGAGUACACAUGGGCUGACAAAGUGAGUUCGUUUUAUCCAUUAUUUCGUUAUUAGCGUGUUCAUUAUAUCCAUCAAUAUUUUAAAUAUAAAAUAUACAACAAAAGGCUGGGACUAAAAAAAACAGUUUGUUAUCCAUCAGUUCGUUAUAACGUGUUCAUUUAACCGUAGUUUACUGUAUAAGAUUUUAUUCUCUGUGACUAUAUUUUGGUAACCUCAUUUCACAUGGAGAGAAAAUGCUCCAUUUUAUACUCCAUGAUUUACUUUAGAACAUCUGUCUGUUGAAGGAACGUUUAAGUCUAAUAUCUCCAACAUUUCUUUUGGCAACUGUUUUAGUGGGUUUAGUGUUAAUAUACUACUCCACUUUUGAUAGAGAUAAUCAAGUAUGUUUGAUAUAUUUAGAUAUACACUUGACAUAUUCUGAGAAUCAGUUUUGUGUAUAAUGGAAAGACAAACAUAUCAAAAGUGGUGUAGUAUAAUAGACAAUUAUGAGCUAACUUUACCGGUACUUGACAGGAAACAAAUCUUACUGGACGCCAGCUUCAGUGCUGUGUAGACUGUUCAUUCAUACUGUUGCAUUGGUUGACAGAUGUUAAUGAAGUCUCACACUUAACUGCACAAAACACCAAUUGAAUAGAUUCCUGUAAAUCUUAUGUACGGCAUUAUGUGUUCAUUAUGUCUGUUUUGGACCAUUCCAAUUGUGAUGGUGGCCUAGGGGUAGCCUAGUGGUUAAAGUGUUUGCUCAUCCGCCGAAGACCCGGGUUCGAUUCCCCACAUGGGUAAAAUGUGUGAAGCCCAUUUCUGGUGUCCCCCGCCGUGAUAUUGCUGAAAUAUUGCUAAAAUGGCAUAAAACCAUGCUCACUCACCCACUCAUCCAAGUGAGACAACAUGUGUAAAUGUAGGUAUGUUACAUUAUUGAAUACUUUGAUACCGGUAUGUGUUUGUUCAUAUAUUUGCAAUUUAUUUGUCAUAUGAUGUCAUUUGUAUCAUAUGGUGUACCAUUAUUUGAUACCUUUGUAUCUUGUCAUUGAGGGGUGGUCGGGUAGCCUAGUGGUUAAAGCGUUCGCUCGUCACGCUGAAGACCCGGGUUUUUGAUUCCCGACAUGGGUACAAUAUGUGAAGCCCAUUUCUGGUGUCCCCCGCUGUGAUAUUGCUGGAAUAUUGCUAAAAGCGGCGUAAAACCAUACUCACUCACUCAUGUCAUUGAUAUGUGAUAUUUACCACAAAACUCAUAUUAAUAUCACCUUCUGAUGAAGUAAACAAGCUUUGCUGUUACCAAGUUACAAGAUGUGUCAUAUUCAAGUGCUUACUAUGCUACUAAAAUAAGUUAAGGAUCACCAGACUGUCAUGGCCUGGCAGCUUAACAAUGGUAAUAUGAAAGAAUCGGGUGGUCCUUAACUUUCAUAGAGUAGUAUAUGUGUAUAUAGAGUGUACAUAGCUCACUUUGGCAUUGUCAUACUUGUACAUAUCACUGUCAUCAGUAGAAUAAAAAAAUGUUUUUUUGUAUUUAGUUUUGGAAUGUAAAAUUACCAAUCAUGCAAUCUCAUUAAAAUCAGACAUUAGUUCUCGCUACCGCUAAACUAAGAUGUGAAAUUAAUGAGAUUGACCAAUCAUGUUGCUUGUUGUAUUCAGAUUUUCACUGUAAAAUAACCAAUCAUAUCACUUGUUACAAAUAACAACUCAUUCUCAUGUACAUUGUUGAUCAUGUCACAUAUUUCACUCCGACAAGCUCAUGAAACUUCAGUUUCAUAUAAAUGUUGUACAUAAAUAGUUUGAACUGA